AACCACUACACCACUGUUUCCUUUGGGCUGGUAGUGGAAUGUAAACCCUUUGCACCACCUAGAGACCUUCAGUGGAUGUGUAGGGGUUCUAAUUUGUAGGGGCUCUAAUUUGUAUUUCCCUGAUGAAUAAUGAUGUUAGCCAACUUUUCAUGUGAUUAUUGGCUAUUUGUUUAUCUUCUUUCGUGAAACAACGACAAUAAAAAACUCGCCGUGGAGUCGGUUCCGACUCAUAGGGGCCCUAUAGGACAGAGUAAAACUGCCCCAUAGGGUUUCCAAAGAGCGCCUGGUGGAUUCCAACUGCCCGCCUUUUGGUUAGCAGCCAUAGCUCUUAACCACUACGCCACCAGGGUUUCCUUCCUUUGUGAAGUAUCUGUUCAAAUCUUUUGCCUUUUUAAAAAUAAUAGUAAUAAUUUAUUUUUGUAAUUACUAUCGACCAGUCACUGUGCUCAUCACUGUCAUGCUUUAACUGAAGACCGCCCUACGCAGACGCAGAAACAGCGAGACUAUAAGCGCUCGUCAGAUUCUGGACAGUUGCUCUCUAAGCAGAAGGACGCGGUUGGGAAGCUCGACUGUUGCUGGAAUCCGCUCGCGCUGGGUUCUCUGGGGCUCGCACAGUGAUUGGCUGAAGAAGAAUUUUCGCAGGCACUUCCGGCUCGCGGAUCGCUCUGAUUAUCGCUGAUUGGCUGGGCUGGCCGAAGCGCGAGGGCUCCCGGGAGUUGUAGUUCCUGGGGCUUGGCUGGGGUCGCGGGGGAAGACCGGUGGUCAGAGGCUGGGGGGUGGCUGCUGUAUUGGGUCGCGGCCGCUGGCGCCAUGUCCCGCGUGUCAGUGCCCUGCCAUGUGAAAGGCACCGUGGCUCUGCAGGUUGGCGACGUGCGGACCUCCCACGGCCGGCCCGGCGUGCUGGUCAUCGAUGUCACCUUCCCCAGCGCCGCACCCUUCGAGUUGCAGGAGAUCAUGUUUAAGAAUUACUACACAGCUUUUCUGAGUAUCCGUGUGCGCCAGCACACCGCGAUGCACACACCAGCCAAGUGGGUGACCUGCCUGCGGAACUACUGCCUGAUGCCUGACCCACACAGUGAGGAGGGGGCCCAGGAGUAUGUAUCGCUGUUCAAGCACCAGAUGCUGUGUGACAUGGCCAGGGUAUUGGAACUACGCCUGAUUCUGCGGCAGCCAUCACCACUGUGGCUGUCUUUCACAGUGGAGGAGCUGCAGUUCUACCAGCAGGGACCAAAGAGUCCCUCUGUGGCCUUCCCCAAGUGGCUUUCCCACCCAGUGCCCUGUGAGCAACCCACUCCUCUCCUUGAGGGUCUCCCAGACCCCGGCAGGGUAUCCUCCGAGGUGCAGCAGAUGUGGGCGCUGACAGAGAUGAUCCGGGCCAGUCAAACCUCUACACGGAUCGGCCGCUUUGACGUGAGUGAUCGUUUCCCUCUGCUUGGCUUGCAUUGCCCUGAGCAAGUCAGACCUGAUGGCUUUUUGCAUUACAGGUGGAUGGCUGUUAUGACUUGAACUUGCUCUCCUACACCUGAGCCAUGGCUCCCCACUCAAGACCGUGGCCUUUCUUUGCUCACCCAGACCUGGUUUGAGCCACCAGAGGCUGAAGUGCAGUCACUGUGCAUUCCAAGUGCCGCCUCCAUGCCCAUCCUGUCUGGUCCACCGUCACGGAUUCCAGAUUCUCAGGGGCUCACUAUGUUGGUUCAGCAUGAGCACCAGAUGAGUGCACUCUGUCCUCGCCUGGAUGCAGCCCAACUCUUCCUUCUUCUCCUAUCCUAAAAACAUUCCAGUUUAACUAGUAAGAAUCCCCACAUGUCCUCUACCCCUCCCACCAACAUGUACACACCUGUCUUCUGCCUGCUCCCUCACCCUGAGUGCAGUGGGCUGGGAUGAACUACCCCAUGUAGUCCAGGAAGGCUGCUGCCACCAUGGCACUCUUGCUGGUUGGAAGCUUGAGGGAGAAAUAGGACCUCCUUUUUUUUCUUUCUGGGCCACCUAGUGGCCUUCUUUCCCUUUGUGUUAUGCCCACACACACACGCACACAUUUUCCUGUCUAGACGCUUUUGCUGCCUGCCUAGGAAGCAAAGCUGGGGAUUUGGGCAGUCUGAGUCCUUCAGUUCCUGGGCUGUUACCUGGAUGUAUUUCCAAAUGGGCCUGCCUGUCGGACCUGAGCAGGUGCUUCUGGCAAGGCUGGAGCCUGAGAAUAAGACCUGGGACCUGCCAGCUAUCUGACGUAACCCAAAGCACAUCCCUGCCCCUUCUUAAGAGGCUGAGGUCCUUCACAAUCCCAGGUUGGUCGUUAAAUAAGGCAGGCUGCUCAUCCUUCACCAUCAGCUUGUACAGAAAUCCUGCCUCCCUCUGGUUCUUCUUGACUUUGCCCCUGGGAGCUACUAUGCCAGUACUGCUGGUGUGUUGGACCUGGAAAAUCAGAUGUAUGUUAGGCUCAACAACUUUCUGGGGAAAGUUUAGCCACCUUCUGGUGGCGCCCUCUGUUCUCAUCCAUCAGAGUUCUUGCGGUUGGUGUCUUUGCCUGCAGGGUCAUAAACUUAGCUCCACUCUGAUUUUACUGAGAGGGCGAUGACCAAAGUCCUAUGCUCAGGGAGCAGUGACCCUCAGUAUGUGUGUAUUUGAGGGGAGAGGACACUGGGGUGGCAGGGACUGUGCUUCAUUCAGAACUGUGCCUCCAGCAAUCAGCACAGGGCCUCGUGUGCAGCAAGAUCAAUAAAUGUUUGUGAAAUGCAUCACUGUGCCGGCUGCCUGUGUCUGCCCAGUGGGAGGGCUGGGGACCCUCACAUGAAGCCAGUUACCAUGGUGCUCUGUCUGUCGGGCUGGCUCCACCAUCCUGUGGCUGCCUUAUCCCUUCCCAGCUAUUUGACCUUACAC